UCUUUCUCACUAGAACAGGAAACUGGCAAAUUGCUAGAGUUUUCCCUGAGUAGACUGGAACAAUCAACAUAUCUAACAUGCUUUAGCUCUUUGUGUUUAGUUUGAUAUGUUGUAAUUGGGAAUGUGGAGUGGCCUCUUAUGAAUAAUGCAGCCAUUCAGAGUGGAGUAAACAAAAACAAUGGAUGUCCCAAUAAAGGAUGCUUCCAGUCCCAACCUCUAAAUGGGCUGUCUCUUCACACCAUGAUGAGCCUGGCUAAAGAGCUUAAGUGCGUAGAUUAAACCUUAAAAAAACUGUGUCCUGUCUCCAUCUGUUACACAGAGCUGUCAAUUUCCCUCCUGUGUGGUUUCAAAACUAAAUAGAAUGUUUAGUCAAGCAAACAUGUAUUUUUCUCUAGUGUCUUAAGGAUCUGAACUUUGUUUUUUUAGAAUUUAUCUGAUUAAUCACAGACACGUAUACACAUUUCUUACUCCAAUCAAUUAAAAAAAAAAUGGAACAUCUUCUAUGGCACCUCUUCUUGGGGUUCCUUUGCCUUGCACUGAUGGAUGGAGAGAGGCAAACUCUUGCAGACCUCAGCACAUCUGUGGAAAAUAGCUUACAAAAAGAAACAACAGAUUUAUUUGGAACAGAAGUUGGAAGUGGCUCACUGCAUGAAGCACUAAAGUCGCCUCCAGCCAGUGCAGCACCGCAACUCUAUAGAAGUUUCCUCAGGAGGAAAAAAAGAUCCAUUUUAUUUCCAAAUGGAGUCAAAGUAUGCCCAGAAGAAACUAUCGACCAGGCCCUGGCAAAUCAUAUGAAAUUUUUUAAACUAAGGGUAUGCCAAGAAACAGUCUGGGAAGUUUUCAAGAUAUUCUGGGACCGUCUGCCUAACCAAACAGAAUACCAACGAUGGAUAAAGUUGUGUGAAGAGGGCACUAUGACAGCAUUCGACAUUGGAGCCAAAUUUAGUACUUCUCAAGAACAUCACCAAUUACUCACAAAGAAACUGUCAAUAACUAAACACGCAUCCAGUGGGUCUUGCAAUGAUUGGUCCUGUGGAUCAGAAGCAACCCCUUUGCCUUCAGCACAUGAAACUACAACAUUUCGAGAUGCAGCUGCCAAUGUGCCACUGUCAUAUGAAAUAUCAGUGGAAAUUGAUUCACCCACAGAUUCUUCUGAGCUAGUGUCUGAGGAAAUUAUAAACAAUGAAAUAAUGCUGAUGACAGAGAAGCCAUUAAUUCCAGUGUUAGAGAAGAUGGUAGAAAUAAGUAUCAUUCUUCCCAAGGAGACAUAUAACACAGAACUAAGUGACAAGUCUUCUACAGCACACCAUAAGCUUACAGAAAAGUUUCUUGAUCAGGUGCAAAAUAUAUUUGACAUUCUGCCAGGAUACAAAACAAUGUUUGUCCAAGAAAUAAGUCCUUCCCUAUUGGAUGACAGAAUUGCUGUGGAAGUGCGCUUCGCUGUGAUUUUUGACGGCGACGCAGAUUCUAUAAAUAAUGCUUCUAUGGACCUCAUGAAUGAUAAAGAUGAAAACAGUAUAUUUAAUGAAAUUGAGGACAAUCCUACAGCAACUAAUACAGGUGGUAGCUUUAGAAGUUACAUAGAAGAAAUGCUGCAAAAGCAAAUGUUACUUAGAAACCAUACCCUGGACUUAGCCGUUGACUCACUUCAGCUAAUAAAAAUAGAAAAUGCUCCAUUAGAUUAUUUUAAUGAGUGGACAUCUAUAACGGAGAAGCCAACAUUUCCACUUCCGUCAACUGCUGAUGUUAACAAUGCAUUACAAGCUGAAUGGCUUCCAACAUCACAUUCAACAUUAAGGAAUAUUGUGCCUGCAGCAGAAAAUAAUGAACAGCAAACUACAAAAAGUGAAGUUGUAGUGGAAAAUGUAGUUAUUGCAGAGAACAUUGCAAGCACAGUUGAAGACACAGACCUAAUUAUUAAUGGGUCUCCUGGUUUUAAAUACAGUUUUACAACUCCAGCUGUGCCUACUGUUUUGCAGGAGAAUGACAUUAUUACCUUGAUGGAAACCAGAUUGACUACAGUUCCUAGUUUAAAUAUUGAGUUAGAUAUUCAAGAGGAAUCUGGAGAUAAUGAAUUGCUUCUAUAUGAGCAGUCUACUAUAUUGUCUGAGCAAGUGCCAAAAAGUACAUCAGCUUCUACCAAAACCAAUAUUUCACCAACCAUUCUGCCAACAUUUGAGACUUCUUCACCAGAUGAAGAAUCUAGUGCAGACAUUGUGACAUCUGCUAUAGCCGCUGAAGAGCCUGCAUUAAGUGAAUCUUCUUUUGAAAACAAAAUAAAGGAAAUUGGAAGUACCAUCCUUACUCAUACUGAAAAUGAUGCCUUAGUGCUCUCAGUUGACACUUUAACAAAAGGGAAUAAAUUAGAAAAAAAUGAGCUACUGAUAGAAGACAAUUUACUGCCAACUAGUGUACAGCCUGAACAUGUUAUUCAUUCUCAUGAAGGAUCAGGUUUAGAUUUUGUACCUUUUGUAAAGGAAGAUAAGACUGAAAAUAUGCGUUGGACUAUAUCAACAGUGGAGCCUCAGCAUUCUGUUAACCAAAAAUAUAAUGGUAAUGAUAUAAUGGAGAUUCCAAAAGUACAUGACAACAAAGACACCUUGAAUGAAGAGGCUAACAGAAUGAAUAGUGUUUCAAUACUUAAGGAGUCUGAACAAUCUGUUACCUAUUCAUCUACAGAGGAGCUGGUAAAUCUACCAGAAAUGUCACCAACAGAAUCUGCUCCUGUGUUAUGGACAUUCGAAACUUUGGCAAUUGAGCAAUCGUCAGAAAUGGAUAUAUAUGACUAUUCAUUCACUGAAUCAAAUAGUUUAACUGAAUCAGCUGUGGAAUAUGCAACUGUAGAUACAUCAGGUGAAGAGAUUUCAUGGAUAACAACCAAUUCUCUACAAAGAGAAGAACUGUCGUCUUUGAAAAUCAUGUUUUCAGAAGUGGACACUGAUGGGACUCAUAGCUCCGCAUCUACUGAAAUACAAUCAUUAAACCCAGAGGUCCUUCAUUUUACCACAUAUCCACCAAUCAGAGAAUCUGGAUCUCUUUUUAACACAGAAUCCAAUAAAGAUAAUGCAAUAUUAUCAACAUCAUUAGAUGCUGGAAAUGAAGAAGUGGAGACAGACGUGACAAUUAGCCCAAAUAAUGAAAUACAGGCAUUAAAUCAGCAGGUCCUUAGUAUCAUUACAUCUCCACCAAUCAGAGAACUCAAUUCUCUGUUAAACACAGAGAAUGCAGUUUUACCAACAACAAAUUUUGGAAAGGAAGAAGUGCAGACAGAUGUGACAGUCAGCUCAGUCUCUAAGGAAUUACAACCAUUAAACCUGCAGAUCCUUAGUCUUACUACACCGCUACCAAUCAGAGAACAUGAUUCUUUGUUAACCACAGAACAUGCAAUAUUAGCAACAACACUAGAUGAUAUCAGUGAAGACGUUCAGACAGAAGUGACAGUCAGCUUAGUCUCUACAGAAAUACAACCAUUAAAUCCACAGCUCAUUAGUCUUUCUACGUCUCCACCAAUCAGAGAACAUGAUUCUCUGUUAUUAACAGAACAUUCAAUAUUAGCGCCGUCAUUAGAUGCUGGCAAUGAAGAAGUUGACACAGAUGUAACCGUUAGCUCCAUCUCUAAUAAAAUACAACCAUUAAACUCGCAGGUCCUUAGUCUUGGUACAUCUCCGCCAGUGAGAGAACAUGGUUUUCUGAUAAACACAGAACACACAAUAUUAGCAACAUCACUAGAUGCUGCCACGGAAGAAGUAGAGACAGAUGUGACAGCCAGCUCCAUCUCUAAUGAAAUACAACCAUUAAACUCCCAGGUCCUUAGUCUUAGUACAUCUCAACCAAUUAGAGAACAUGUUUCUCUGUUAAACACAGAACACGCAAUAUUAGCAACAUCACUAGAUGCUACCAUGGAAGAAGUAGAGACAGAUGUGACAAUCAGCUCCAUCUCUAAUGAAAUACAACCAUUAAACUCGCAGGUCCUUAGUCUUAGUACAUCUCCACCAAUGAGAGAACAUGGUUUUCUGAUAAACACAGAACACACAAUAUUAGCAACAUCACUAGAUGCUGCCACGGAAGAAGUAGAGACAGAUGUGACAGCCAGCUCCAUCUCUAAUGAAAUACAACCAUUAAACUCGCAGGUCCUUAGUCUUAGUACAUCUCCACCAAUGAGAGAACAUGGUUUUCUGAUAAACACAGAACACACAAUAUUAGCAACAUCACUAGAUGCUGCCACGGAAGAAGUAGAGACAGAUGUGACAGCCAGCUCCAUCUCUAAUGAAAUACAACCAUUAAACUCCCAGGUCCUUAGUCUUAGUACAUCUCAACCAAUUAGAGAACAUGUUUCUCUGUUAAACACAGAACACACAAUAUUAGCAACAUCACUAGAUGCUGCCACGGAAGAAGUAGAUACAGAUGUGACAGCCGGCUCCAUCUCUAAUGAAAUGCAACCAUUUAGUUCAGAGGUCCUUAGUCUUAUUACAUCUUCACCAAUAAGACAACAUGAUUCUCUUUUAAUCAAAGAAAAUUCAAUAUUAGCAACAUAUACACCAUCCAGAGAAUAUGGAUCUCUAUUUAACACAGAACCUGAUAAAAAUAAUGCAAUAUUAGCAACAUCAUUAGAUGCUGGCAAUGAAAAUGUAGAGACAGAUGUGACAAUCAGCUCAAUCUCUGAUAAAACUCAAUCAUUAAACUCGCAGGUCCUUAGUCUUAUUACAUCUCCACCAAUCAGAGAAAGUGAUUCUCUGCUAAACAUAGUACGUGAUGACGAUAAUCAAAUAUUAGUGACCUCAUUAGAUGCUAGGAAUGAAGAAGUUGACACAGAUGUGACAGUCAGCACCCCCUUUAAUGAAAUACAGUCAAUAAACCCACAGUUCUUUAUUCAUAGCACAAUACCACCAAUUCACCAAUCACAAGUCACAGAACUUCAUUCUUCUGUUAGCACAGAAACCACAACUCCACCAAUCAAAGAACAUGCCCCUUUGUUUAGCACAGAAACUAAUAAAGAGAAUGCAAUAUUAAUCUCAUUAUCAGAUGCUAGGAAUGAGGAACAUACAUUAUUUACAAAUGAUCAAUCAAAUAUAACUGAUGAAAUGCUGAAUACAGUCCCAAACAUUAUUUCUAAUAAGACAGAUAUGUUACUUGACUUUGACAGUACAAUCAAAGUAGAUAAUAUUCCCACUACUUAUAAAGAGGAUUUUGACAUAGAUUCGGUGACAAAUUAUAAACACAUUUUUACUGAUGCCUCAAUGGAACCAAAAGAUACGCUGAGUUCUGCUGUUCUUUCAGUAAAAAAAGAGGAAGAAGUAACAGUGGAGGUUCAGAACAUAUCCUUAGAGUUAGAUCACUUAAGUACAGUUUAUUAUCAUCCUGACAUGAGUCCAGAAGAAAGAAGCAUAGUGGCUAAAAACAUUCAUUCCCCAGACCUGGCUGGUGUGAUUUUCUCUUCUCAUGAGAAGGGUGGAAAUGUUUCAGCUUCUGCAAGAGCACUUGUGGUGUUUUUCAGUCUUCGUGUCACAAACAUGAUAUUCUCAGAGGAUUUGUUUAACAAAAACUCCCCUGAAUAUAAAGCUCUGGAACAACGAUUUUUAGAACUGUUGGUUCCAUAUCUCCAGUCCAAUCUUACUGGCUUUCAAAACCUUGAAAUUUUGAAUUUCCGUAAUGGCAGCAUCAUAGUAAAUAGCAGAAUGAAGUUUGCAAAACCUGUUCCUCGAAACGUGACCAAUGCAGUGUAUGUCAUUCUUGAGGACUUCUGUAACACUGCCUAUCAGACUAUGAAUUUGGCCAUUGACAAAUACUCACUGGAUGUUGAAUCAGGAGAUGUAGCUGACCCAUGUAAAUUCCAAGCAUGCAAUGAGUUCUCUGAGUGUCUCAUAAACAAGUGGAGUGGAGAAGGAGAAUGUGUCUGUUAUCCAGGAUAUGUUAGUGUGGACGGCAUGCCUUGUCAGAGUCUGUGUGACCUAGAAAUAGAGUUUUGCCAGAAUGAUGGCAAGUGUGAUAUUAUCCCUGGACAAGGUGCUAUUUGCAGGUGUAGAGUAGGAGAAAACUGGUGGUACCGAGGAGAACAUUGCGAGGAAUAUGUAUCAGAGCCUUUAGUGGUUGGUAUUGCCAUUGCCUCAGUAGCUGGCUUUCUCCUUGUAGCUUCUGCUGUCAUUUUCUUCUUGGCAAGGACGCUCCGAGUUCAGAACUCAAAGGGUGAUCAAGAAGAAUCCUUUGGGAGACCAAAUGACAGCAUAUCAUCUAUUGAACAUCCUGUGAAGUACAAUCCUAUGUAUGAGAGUGACAUUACUGGUUACAGCCAUUACUGUAAGAGAUAUCCCCAUUACUCCUCGACCACAUCUACCAGUCCUGAGACCUCUGCAGACUUUAGCAGUGAGGAGAUUCGGCAUAUCUAUGAACACAGUGAGCUCUCCAAAGAGGAAAUUCAGGAUCGAAUAAGAAUCAUUGAGCUUUAUGCAAAAGACAAACAAUUUGCAGAUUUUGUGAGGCAGCACCAGAUGUCUGUGGACAAUGUCAGAAAAGCAAACCCUACAAGUUAAAAAUUCAGAUAUUUCCAACAGUUAAAGGAGGUUUUCAGGAUGGAAGAUGAAAGGAUCCCAACCCAUCACUCUUGCCAUUACAGUAGAGAAGCUAUUUAGUUAAACUGUAUUAAAGUGAAGUGCAUGUGUGCAAUGUGUAUGAUAUUAGUAUGGCUGUACUGAAGUGUAUAAGUUGAUAUGCUGAUGAAUGCUGGCUUACAGACAGGGAAAACAGCUUUAUAAAAUAACAUUUUAGGUUUGACAGAUGUUUGUUAUAGCAAUAUUAUUUCAUUUUAAUGUAGAACAUAAUUCUAUUUUUUAUACAGUGACAUUAGGCUUCCUGGAUUUUUUUGUAAAACAUAUGCAGCUGUACAUAAAAAUGGAUAAAACAAUGUUUUGUUGCUGUCUUAACUGGGAUAGGGCCAAAAAAGAGCUUUUCCUCAAGGGUGAAAGAGAAUGUAAUAGCUUACUUUAUUGUUGUUAAUUAAGAAAAUGUAAGUAGAUGAAAGUUUACAAUAUCCAAGCAGGUUUUGGUCUGUGAAGAGAAAUCCCACCCAUAAUGUACAGGUUUAGGUCAGUGUCAACACAGCAGGGCACUUGAUGGGGAUUCUUAGUCCUGUCCCACAUUGCAGCCCAGCAUGUAUGUGUUGUAUUGAAGGGUACUGGAGGCUUCCUGCAUGCUAGGCUGUCCCCAACAGCUAGUGGCAGUAUAUAUUACAGCUUGAUACCCUCUGUAACAGUCAUGCACCCAGAAUACAGGACUCAGCACUCUACAUUAUAGGUCUAACCCAGCCACAGCCUGUAGCAGAAAAAGAGAGCACUGGGCUAUGGUUUAUGACAGUGCUAGAUGGGGUAAAUAAUAUAGAAAGUUGGUAUGUGGUAACAUACCAUGUGGUAACAUGUCAUUUUAAUCAUCAAAAGCAAUGAUCAGGUAACAAAAAAAUCCAUGGCGCAUGGUUGGGUCUAGAGAAGAAUCAGGUGGUGCUUGAUAUAUGUACAACCUUCCUGUGGGAUUUUACAGGAUAAUAAGGAUAAAAAUGGGAUGAAGCUAAUCUGGCAAAGUGCAGACCCAUUUACAGUUCAAUGUGUUACUUACUUCCAGCCUUCCCCAUCAGUGUCUAAUCUUGCAGUUUUGCAGCUCCUCUUCAAGUCUUGUUAUGCCUAUAAUUUUGGUGGUUGGCCCUAAUGAAUGGAACAACUGAAAUGGGGCCUUACAAGUCUAUGGCAUUAUGUACUGUAUUUGUCAGUUUGGCAGCAGGUGGAUUGAUGGCAUACUAUAUGGGCUGGCCCAUGUAUGGCCGCCUUUAAUUAUCUGUAAAGCAAGUCAAGGUUAACAAAAUGUACUUCCAAUUUAAAUAGCUUUAUCUAUAGUGGACAGGCAUAAAGAAUUUAUACAAAUGAAUUUAUACAAAGCAUAUCUAGCAUAACUAGCUUCAGUACAGUAAGCUCAUUGGGAUAUGCACAUUUGGCACUAGUACGUUACACCAAAGUGGGCCCAAAUGACAUAUCCUAGACUAUACAAAAUGUGCAUUCUAUAUGAUUACUACUUUAUUGCUACUGAAGAAAUGUUUGCUAUUUGUUGUUUUAUUACCAUAAUUCAAUUUGAUCUAGGACAUUCUUCUAAGUACUGUAGAAAUAUAUAUGAAAACUCAAUUUUACAAUUCACUGUUUAAUGUCUUUCCAUUUUUCUUAUAGUUUUUGAGAAAACAAAUUGAUUUAUUUUUGUCCUCCCUGAACAUAACAAUUGUAUUCAUGAUACAGCCAAGUGUUAUGCUAUCUGUAGGUGUCUGAAGUCAGGUUAAUACACUGAGAAAAUCACUGACUACCUCAUCCUUACUUUAUACUUAUUUUUUCCAAAUGCAGCCAACUGGCUCUUGCUGUCUAUUGGGGACUCACAUCAUGACAGGUUGCACUUGGUUGCAAGAAUUAAAUAUAAAAAGGUUCUGGAAGAACAUUAUUAAAAUAUGAAAUAUUGCAAGAACUGAAGUAAAAUAAUAAAACCACACUUUUAGUGACUUUGUUUUAUUAAUUAUGAAUGUUAUUACUUUUUUAUUAUUAUAUUAUUUAUGACUUUAUUAAUCAUCCUCUAUGGCUUUGGGGAUUUUUUUUACUAUUCAUGUAAAUGUACCUUAAAGGUGUGCCUUUUGUAUUUGUAAAACAAUAGCUGUUUCGUAGAGCUCAAAGGUACACUUAAAUAACCACAGUUAGUUGUUAAGGGCUAUUUAAAGGCCAAUUCUAAGCAGCUUUUCAAUUGGUUUUUUAUUUUUUAAUCUUUUAUAUUUUUUUAAUUAUUUGCCUUUCUCUUCUGCCUCUUUACAGCUUUCAAACAAGGGUCACUGACCCCAGAAGCCAAAAAACUAUUGUGAGGCUACA